AUGAAUCGCGCAGUCUAUGGUUGGAGUACAACUAUAGACAUUGCGAAGCAGCAGAACCACGGACAUUCGUUCGCCGGAACGAAGAGAUCUUAUGAUGAAAUCCAUCAAGAGCCCACGAGCAACGCACUGGAGCCUAGUCUUGCUAACAGUGCUGCUCGUGUGCUCCCGAAGCGACAGUUCAAGGAUUGCUCCGUGAAAGAUCGGCUUGCAGCUAGUCUAAUAGUUGAUAUCAAUCCUGAUGCGAACUCGAAUUCUCAAUUCAAUCAGGCUCAAAAUGCCGAGCGGUUGCUGCCAAAACCUUCACAGAACCCUUUGCUCUCUUUGUCUCACCCUUCUUAUGGCUUGCCCAAUUCGCUGGUCAACAAUCUUGCAAACCUUGGCAUACACAGUAUGUACCCGUGGCAGUCUUCUUGCCUGCUUGGUAGAGGUCUUCUUGAAGGCCAGAAGAAUCUGGUUUACACAGCCCCGACAGGUGGUGGCAAAUCUCUUGUUGCUGAUGUCCUCAUGCUGAAACGGGUCAUCGAGCAGCCUUCUCAGAAGGCUAUUUUAGUACUUCCUUAUGUUGCUUUAGUGCAGGAGAAAUUGAAGUGGCUGAGGAAGGUCGUUGAAGGCGUGCGAAAAUGUGUCAUUGCUCAGGACGAGAUCGAAAUCGCACAACCGAAAUGGCGUAGAAAUCACGAUAGCUCAAUCCGGGUUAUUGGCUGCUUUGGUGGUAGCAAGACAAGACUCGUUUGGCGAGAUGUUGACAUAGCAGUUUGCACAAUUGAGAAGGCUAACGGAAUUUGCAAUGCAGCCAUCGAAGACGGUUCCAUCGGUGAUCUUGGUGUGGUCGUCUUUGACGAAUUGCACAUGAUUGAUGACGAACAUCGAGGAUAUCUGAUGGAGUUGAUGGCGAGCAAGCUGCUGAGCCUUGGGAGCCCAGUCCAGAUCAUUGGCAUGAGUGCUACCUUGAAUAACACAGAGAUCUUGGCAAAGUGGCUCGGAGCCAAAUAUUAUAAUACAAAGUUUGUGCCCAUACCGAUAAGUGAGUUUCUCGUCUACGAUGGAUUGGUCUACCCUGUCUCUACUUCCAAGGCUUUAUUCAGGACGGCGAGUCAAUUAAGAUCGACUCCACGACUUUCUGGGCUUGAAGUGAAAAGAAGGAUCUCAAAAUCGGAAUUCAAGAAACUAAAGUCUCCUAUGAUCAAUGCCGUAGUCUCGCUAGCCGUUGAAACCGCAAGCGCUGGGUAUGGAGCUCUUGUCUUUUGCAGUGGCAGACAGAGCUGUCAAACUAUGGCAGUCUUGAUAAGUGAAGCCAUACCUACACAAGACCUCGGCCAAGACAUAAUUGACCGACGAAAAGACGUCAUCAACGAGCUUCGUAGCCUAGCAGUUGGUCUGGAUGAGGUCUUAGGUGUCACUGUUUCUCGUGGGGUUGCUUUUCACCAUGCGGGCCUGACGGCUGAGGAGCGAGACAUAGUCGCAGAGGCUUACGACAAAGGGACGAUCAGAGUCAUAGCGGCGACGUGUAGUCUCGCUGCCGGAAUCAAUCUCCCGGCUCGGAGGGUGAUCCUGCAAGGAGCAAGAAUGGGUAGGGAUCUCAUCGGUCCGGCUAUGUUGCGACAGAUGAGAGGUCGAGCCGGCCGGAAGGGCAAAGACGAGAUCGGGGAAAGCUACCUCUGUUGCCAGAAAGCUGAUCUAGAAGAAGUCACCGAGCUACUAGAGGCUGAGCUUCCUACGGUCCAAAGUAGCUUGACUCCAGAGAAGCGGGGCAUCAAAAGAGCCAUGCUAGAAGUUAUCGCCGUGAGGUUGGCAACACACUCAGCAGCUAUGCUGGAAUAUGUUCAUCGCACUUUACUGUACCACACAAUGGACACUCAUGAGGUGGAAAUCAUGUUCGAUGCAACGCUCAAAGACUUGGUUGAUUCUGACAUGAUACUUGUGGACGAGUUUGGGGGUUACGAACCAACCCCAUUGAGCAAAGCGACUGUAGCUUCUUACUUAACUCCAGAAGACGGAUUGUUCCUUUGCCAUGAACUCCGUACGGCUCUCAAAGCUUUCGUAAUGGAUGGGGAAAUGCAUAUCUUCUAUACGUUCACACCUGUCUGGAACGCAGGAAACGUUGAGGUUAAUUGGGCGAUCUUUCGGAGGGAAAUAGAUGGAUUAGAUGAGAGCGGGCUCCGAGUUCUCGAAUUCAUUGGUAUCAACCCUGCCAUGAUCAAUCGAUUGUAUGUUCAGGGCAUCUUAAGUCUAAAUACAAGGGCUAAUCGAAAAAAAAGGGCGAACAGUCCGAAACCUCUUCCAGAGACAACGCCGGGAGAAGUACAGAUCGCACGUAUUUAUCGAAGAUUUUACACGGCUCUCCAACUGCGCGACCUUUGUAGUGAAAUGCCGAUUCAUCUCGUCGCCCGCAGAUAUGAAGUGCCACGAGGCUUCGUUCAGACAUUGGCCCAGACCUGUGAGGGUUUCGCAGCUGGAAUGGUUCAGUUCUGCGAGAAGAUGGGGUGGGGCAUGCUCAAGGCUGCUUUGGAACACAUGAGUGACCGACUGAAGGCCGGCGCUCGCGCGGAUCUGCUUGAAUUGGCUCAGAUUCCAUUUGUGAAGAGCCGAACGGCGAGAAUCUUCUGGGAGAAUGGGUUUCGGAGCGUCAGAGCAGUCGCGGAAGCCGAAGCAAAGGACUUGCUCCCCGUCCUGCUUCUAGCGCAGCCCAGAAAGUUGAGGCUAGAGGGAGAUGAAGAGAUGCAGUAUCAUCAGAGACUGCUCUUGAAAGCAGAGAUCAUUGUCACGGCCGCGAACAAACUAUGGGGUACUACGGUCUGUUAUCUGGCGAGAUGGCAACAUACUGACGAGGUAUAG